AUGCGGGGCGACAACCCGCAAUCCGCCCUUCCAUCAUUACGGGAAGGAGCGACACGACACCUGGCCGCACAAAGGAUGUCUGAAGAGCACCGCAUGACCACGACGUGGCAUACCCGCAUCGAUACAUUGCGACGGUAUCUGGGUAAUCAUCUCCAAAUGACUCGGGAGGCAGAACACACACGGGACAACGACGUCCGUGCCCUCCUUCGAGCGGAGUUCCCAGGAAACACGGCCCCAAGAACACGUGAACAUGGACCCAAGUCUUUAUCUUCAAAACAUUCGUCUCUCUUUGCAAGUCAACAACGAGACAACAAAACAUCAACAGCAGUAACAACGCCAGCAUGCAAUAUACUUCAUCGGCCACUCCAUUUGAAGGACGCCACCCCCUCCUCAACAUCGAGGCCGUCCGAGGAUUGCCCACAGCGCAUACGGCUGCCAGAGACUUCCUGGAGCGUGCGCUACGUUGUAUGGCGGCCAACCUUUUUUCGACGAUUUACGCACAUCCCGAACCAUCAAGAAGACACAUCUCACGAUGACGGACAUACGGAGAGCAGUCGAGAUGAGAAGAGGUUCGAACGCGUACCGAACGGAUUUGGUCUCCAAUAUUCUUAA